AUGUCUAUUUCUAAUAUCAUCACACGUAUUUUUAAGCAUGUCCAAUCAAUCAUGCAAUUUGUUACAAGGCCUAUGGGUACUCCCAUUCCUAAAGUUCGAGCAUUAGGAUCCACACUGACUGCUGAAUCUGGUAUCGCUGUUGACGAUAUUGUUGUCCAUGGUAACCGGUCCUCCAAGGAACUGUUUGAACAGUUUUACCGCAUUUCGGUUACUACAUCUACGGAUUUUACCAAGGUCUUAACUCUGAGUGCACAACAAAGAUCACAAGGCUCGAAGUUCAAGCUGAAGAUAAACAAAUAUGAUAAGGUGCGAGAAAAUAUUACUGCUCACGCUUUGCUACAUGCUCAAGAAGUCGAAAAUAUAUCUGAAGAAUUUAAUAUCAACUCUGGAGAUACGUCAAAAACAUUCGAAGCAGAGUCGCAACUGGCUGAAAAGGUGUCCAGAAAUACAACAAACUCUGAAGAUAUAUCGCAAGUUGUAUCGUCGUCAAGUGUACCAAAUAUGUUGAAAAUGCUGGGACCUUACGAGGAAAUUGAUGCAGAAGUGAUUAGUCUUCUGAACGCCGAUUCUUGUAUUACACAAAAGCAAUUGCAUCUAGCUCCCAAGCUCUUUACUGAUGCCUUAAUCCACAAUAAGUUGACGUUAAUGGCUAUUACCUCUGAAGUUUACUCAAAACAUGCCACUAUAGAUAUUCAUUUAGAAACAAGCGAUGAUUCUUUAUUGUUUGCUUUGAUGGAAAGAACUUAUCAAAGAAAACUGCUUAUUGGCUUACAUACAAUGAACAUCCUCAUUACCUGUUCCACAACAAUAGUAGCAUCCAGAUUGCAAGAAGUGUUUGUUGGCCAUCAAUUCAAUGUCAGUCCCACCGAUUUUACUGUGAACAGUACAAGAGUUUUUCUGCGAUCAGAAGAAGUAUCAAGCUUCAAGAAAGCCUUCAGUUCUUGUCUUCAGCUCAGCUCCGACUGUCUACCUCCCAGUAUCUCAUGUUUAAGACAAUUGACAAGCUCCUUCAACCAUACAUCAACAUAUGCUUAUUUUAGAGCAACUUUGGAUGACUUUAACGAUACUAGAUUUAUGCCUGUCACUGUAUUUACUUUAUGCGACACCCCAGAUCAGGAUGGUUACGGUUCAAACCACAAUUCUGCGCCAAGAAUCGGUUCUUUACUGCUGCAAACAACUGCUAUUAACCUCAGCUUAAAACGCGAUCUAUCAAAAGAAACCAUAUCUUUGUUCCAAACUGCGUAUGAAUCUGCUCAACGUAAUGAAGAUAAUGAAUCAUGGAAAAUAAUUGAUCAAGUUAUGAAUCAAAUGAAUAUACUCAUUGAACAAAAUGAUGAUAAGCCAAUGAAAAUAUCGAAAUUUAUUCUUGGGACUAAUUUCAGCAAGGUGGCAAAUCUCGUUGGUAGUCAUCUAUAUAAAGCAAACCAAAAAGUAGCAAGUAACAUUAAAGUAAGACUUUUGGACUUGUAUGGUUAA